UCAAGGGUAUUACAGCAGAAUGGGGAUGUGAACCUCAGUCCUUCGAGUGCAGAGCAGCAGUUCUAACCACUUCACCACCUGCUGCCCUCAACUAAUAAAUUAAUAAAUCUGUGACUAAUUGAAUUUGAUUACAGCAAAAACAAAUUAGAACUCAGAUAACACUAACCAGUCAAUUUUUCAGAGGAUUCAUUUCUUAAAGCACCACACAUUCAUAAACAGUCUCAGUGAGACACACACACACACACGUAGAGAGAAUGUCCAUAGGGAUCAGCAACCAUUCGGCAGUGACGGAUGAAGGAAAUGUGAUCAGAAGCAGCUAUGAGACAAGCGCUGCCCAUCCUGCUGCCCUCAGUGGAGCCUAGAGCCCUGAGAGCCAUGGUCCUUCUCACUGGUGCUGCUCGCCUCACCCUCACGCCGCUCUGGGUUCUUUUGCUGCUGGGAGAACUUACCUCUGUGUGCCUCAUCUGCAAUGGAGCUGUCACAUCUGAGCUCUCCAACUCCACUGAUGUCCACACACAUCUGUCAAAGAUUCCAGCCAUGUCCCCUACAGAGGUGGUGCCUGCCUUGGAGCAGAGCCCGGAGAAGGUGAAGGCUGAAGAGGGAGAGGAUGUGACCUUCUCCUGCCUGGUAAAGGGGGUAUUUCUCACAGAGACAGCGGUCCAAUGGCAUCAUCAUGGACCGCAGGGGGAACAGACUGUCCUCAAGGGGAACCACACGGAGGGGGAUGGCUUCGUGGGCCGUGUCUUCCUCAGCGGCAAUCUCGGAGGCGGAGACGUGUCCAUGACGCUGCUCAACGUCUCCCUAGAGGACCGUGGAGUGUUCCUGUGCCUUGUUGGUGUCCACAAUGGCACUGUGCUGCAGGGAAGUGGCACCAAGCUCAGCAUCCUGCAGAGAAAAGGCUUGCUCGGGCUCCAGGAAUCUGUUGGCACAAUCGUGGGAGUGGCCGUGGCAGCCUUGGGUGUGGCCAUCGGGUUCGUGGCGAUCAUUGUAACACAGUUUCGCGAGAAGCUGAAUUGCCUUCAGAAAUGAGGAAGUCUCCACUUCAGGACCUGUUUUCCCAGUAGAUGGUGUGCACACCUGUCCACACCUGCAUGGUUCCACACACAUUCUCCUUGAAGAAAGGACUGGCUCCUUUGAUCCCCUGCCCAUCUGUGUGCCACUGAAGAUUUUGUCUUGUGUGACUUCCUGUGUGACUCACACACUGGAGCCUGUGGACCUGCCUGUGACGAGUCAGGGUCACCGUGGGCUCAUCCACCGCAGGUAGAACCACCUGCAGUUUCUGCUUCUCAUUAUGGACAUGGAGUAAAUAGUUGUUUCUC